UAUAACUUGUAUUUUAAAGCAAAUUUUUUCACGAACAAGGAUAAAUAAUGACUCUGCAUUAUCGAUCUCAAUCAAGUUUGAUGGGCAGUUUAGCAUCCUCUUAAAGGGGGUAAACACUUCUGCGAAACAAAUCGGUUCUUUCUUUUCCAGACAAACAUCUUCGAAACUAUAAAAAAUUAAAAAAAUUUUUUCAACAAAAGUCAAACGUUUUUAAAAGUACUUUAAAGUUAUAGAGAAAACGUAAUUUUUUUUGUUUAACAAAAUAUUGUUCCCUUUAUUCCAUUUUUUAUAAGAUUACUUUGAAGUAAUCUUAUUUUAAGAUUACUUAAUAUUUUUUAAGAUUACUUUGAAGUAAUCUUAAAAUCAUUCAACUUGUGUUCAAAAUUUUUUUCUAUCUUUUAUAGUUUCAAAAAUAUUUGCCUAAAAAGGAAAAAACUAAUUUUUUCAAAAAAGUGUUUUACUCCCUCAAAAUGUAGUUUUACAAAAAUAAAAAAUAGUUUCGUGUUAGAAAAAAACUACUCUACCUACACACAAUUUUUCAGAAUUUUCUAAAUUUUCGAGAUUUGCCUAAUCUCCUUUGUUAGAAACCAAUUUAUUAAUAUUUGGUAUAUAAUUUGCUUAAAAAAUUGAGAGACCAAAAACGGGUUAAAAAGGUGGCUUUUUGGGAUCAUACCAAAGUAAAACUAAAUUAAACGUACAUCAAACUAUAACUUUUUUAAUAGUUUCUUAAAUAUUUUUAAAAGUAUAGAUGUAAACAGUAUAAUUAUUUUACAAAUAACAAUUUCAUUUUUUAUUUUUUAUUUUUAUAAAUAGAUAUACAGGAAUGAAAUUUGGUCAAGUCAAUAAACAUCUUCAGAACUUAAUAAAAAAUAAUAAACUUGUAACAAGACGUGCUUUGAAAGAUCCUGUGAUAUAUCCCAAACACAAAUUUUCCAAAUCAUUAAGCAAUAAAUAUAUGUGGAUCAUUAUGUAAGAAAAUUUACAUAAGUUUUUAUUAACUGCAGUAAUAUUAAAGAAAAGGCAUCGAAUUUGGAACACCACUUCAUUUUUGGACUAUAUUUCUUAAAUAAUGGUCAGAAAAACAUUUUUGAAAAUACUGAUUUAAAUUAGAAAGUAUUUUCUAUCAAAUAAUAUAGUAAUUUUUAUAAUACUGUUUCGUAUUUUUUAAAUAAUUAUUAUUUUUGUGAUACAUGUCAAAAAGGCAUCUGACAAAAUGGGCGCCUAAUUUGAAAGCCGUAUACGAUCGAAGUAUUAAUGUUACAUUUUAUUUAUACAUUUUACCUAAAUUACGUAGUUCUAUAGACUCUAUGUUACUCCGUUAGAUUCCCUUAAGAAGCAUUUUUAACAGGCACGCUUUUCUCAACUCGUCUAUUGUCUUUCAUAAAAUCUCGUCUAAAAACAUUUAGGUUAUUAUACAUAUAGAUUAUAUAUCAAAGUUACGGUCACGGCAUAGUAACAGUUAUCAUUACUAGACUUCUGAUCUCACGAAGUGUUCCAAUUUACAACUUUAUGUUUACAACUGCACUACAAAAUAAAUAUAAAAGAAAAAAAUAAAAAAAAAUUUUUAGGAAACUACAAACAUAUGAAAUAAUGGUAAUGUUAUUGAUAAUACUCACUAUUGUUUAAACUGUGCAAUUUACAAGAGACAAUUGUGCAAAUAAAAUUCUCGCUUCUGAUGAAUUCAUUUGUAGCAGAUUUUAUGUAAAAAAGAGCAUGAAUGUAUGAAAUAUGAGUUUUUAUCUCUUUAAUUGACAAAACGGAUCAUGUUUUUAUCGGUAUUCGUACGGUGCAAUGUUUAGUUUUCGAGAUAUAAGGGGGUUCCAAUUUAGAAAAUUGUUCUAAAUUUGAUGCUUUUUCUCUAUUAAAAAAUUUAACUUAUAGAAAUAGAAACUCUUAAUUGUCUAUUACUUAUACUUAAUUAUUAAGAUUCUUAAAUUGUAGUUAAGUAAUUAAAUUUGGAAAAAAUCUUGAAUAUUUUUAUUUACAUUUUAAAAAUAUAUAAAACUUCACGUUUAAUAUGUAUAUCUCUAGACAUCUUCAUUUAGAAUUACGCAAAAUAUUUUGUGAAAUAGACACAAUAUUUGGAAAACAAAUGACUUUCAACAUGGCAUGCUAUUUUGCUUGGACAGCAAUUGAUUUGCGCGAAAUUCUUUAUGCAAUUCUUAUAAAUAAUUAUGUGAAAUCCAGAUUAAUAUACGCUAUUCAUUAUUUUCUCUGGGUAUCUCAUAACAUAUUCAAAUUCUUACUCAUUAAUUGCAUGUGCGAAACAGUCACCACCAAGGCAAAUGCAACAGCAGAUUUAUUAAACAGAUUAUCGUAUUUUACUUACGAUGUUGAAAUUCUUGAAAUCAUUUCACAAUUUUCAUUACAAACAAUCUAUGCACCACUUAAAUUCUACGGAAUCGGAUUUUUCCAAUUUGGUUACAAAUUUCUUUACGGAAUUGUUACGUCUAUUGCGACUGUUUUAGUGAUAAUAAUACAAGCAUACACAAAUAAAUAAAUACCUUUAUCAAAAAGAGAGACUUCAUACAAUUAAAUACGCAAGUUCAUACACGAGUUAAAUAAAAAUCCAUAUAUAUGUUUCUUAUAAAAUGCAAUACACAUUGUUUUCUAGAUUUAAUGUUAUAUACAUAUUAAUAUUAAAAAAAAACAAUCGACAAAAAUUACUAAGUAGGUUUUAUGCAAUAAAAUAUAAAUAAUAAAUGUUUCUUUAUUGUAAUUCUAUGUCAAUUUCACUUGUCUUUUUUAUCUUCAUUAUUUUUUAUAUGUAAUUUUUUAAUUACGAUACAAAUUAUAAAAAGUAAUCGAAAUAUGUUAUAUAUUAAUGUUCUGAUAUAAUAGUUUAAUAUACCU